UACGACAACGGCUCCGUUCACGGCUCACGUGUAUCACAGUCGUCUUCAUUCCCGUCGGUGUGAGUGUGUGUGUGUGUGCUCCAACAUGGCUAAAGUUUCUAAGAAGAAAGUGAGUAAAACGGUUGUCAUGAAGAGCUCCGAGGUAACAGAUCAGACCGCAGCGAUGAGACCGGAUGUGGUCUACGAUGAAGACGACGAGGAGGAUUUAACUAAAGCAGAUGAAAUCAACAGCAGUGAAGAGGAGGAGGAGGAGGAGGAUGAAAGAACACGGCAAAAGCUGCUGGAAGCCAUUAGCGCUCUCGGUAGUAAGAGGAAGAAAAAGCUGGGAGAGAGAUCCGAGGCGUCCGUCCAGAUGUCUGAGUUUACCGUCAAGGCGGAGGGAGAGGGCGACAAAAUCGACCUGUCGGACCUCAUCGUGACCAUGGAAAAUACCUCCGCUGUCCCAGUCAAGGCCAAAAAGCAGCUGAAGAACCUGCAGCGGAGUAAACGGACAAUCGAAUGCCCUCUCAGCAAGCAGGAGAGUCAGAGAAUCCAGAGAGAUGUAGCCUUUCAGAAGGCAGCCACAGAGGUGACCCGGUGGAAAAGCAUCAUCAAGCAGAACCAGAGGGCCGAGCAGCUGGUCUUCCCCCUGAACCAGGAACCCGCAGGCCCCAAACCCAUGGAGAGGGUGGUGAGCGACUGGAAGGCGCAAACCCCGCUGGAGCAGGAGAUCUUCGCCGUCCUGUCAGCCAACAAGCAGCCCAUCAAUGACCCCAUCUUGACCCCUGUAGAGGAGGCUUCAAUGAGGGCAAUGAGCCUUGAGGAGGCCAAGAUCCGCCGCGCAGAGCUGCAGAAAGCCCGUGCUCUGCAGUCCUACUACGAGGCCAAGGCCCGGAGAGAGAGGAAGAUCAAGAGCAAGAAAUAUCACAAAGUGCAUAACAAGGCUAAGCGUAAGGAGUUCCUGAAGCAGUUUGAGGAGAUGGUGCAGACGGACCCUGCCGCGGCCUUAGAGGAGUUGAGUAAGAUUGAGCUGGCUAGGAUGAAGGAGAGGAUGUCGCUGAAGCACCAGAACAGUGGCAAGUGGGCCAAGUCAAAGGUGAUCAUGGCCAAAUACGACGAUGGGGCUCGCAAAGCCAUGCAGCAGCAGCUGGAGGUAAACAAGGAGCUGACCCAGAAGCUUGUGACCUCGCUGAAUAAUGAGGAAGAGGAAGAGAUGGAUGCAGGCGAUGCAGAGUUAGUGCCUGAUCUUGUAAAUGAUGCAGAGCAAGGACUGGACUCCUCAAAUCCCUGGAUGAGAGGGAAGCUCUCUAAAGAGCCCAUAGAAAAAGAGAUAAGUGACACUGUGGAUCUCACAGCAGAGGGGCCUGGAAAUACAGCUGCAGAAGAUGAGGACGAGGAUGAGGUUGAUGAAACAGAAGAGGAAGCGCUCCUCAGAGAGUUUGACAGCAGGAGGAAACUGCGUCAGGCUCAGGAGACUGACACUGCACCUUUAAUGUCUGUGGAUGAGGAGAGUGAAGCUGCUGCUGCUGCUCCUGCUGCAGCAGCAGAGGACCAAGAUGCAUCAGACGAAGAGGAAGAGGAGCUCACAGAGUUCACAAGCCUUUUCCGAGGAUUGGCAGACAGCCGUCAGGAGGCUGAAGCAGAGGAAGCCGACGCAACUGAAAACGCUUCAGCUCAGCUGGAGGAAGAUCUGAUCAGGAUCAGGAAUCUGGAGGACAUGGAGCACAUGGAGCUCCUCAGUCAGGAGAAGUCUACCAGUGAUGAAACAGCUGCUCUGCCCCAGCAGCCCCCAGCCACAGAAAACCUGCCGUCUGCAGCUCCAAAUGCAGGCAAGAACAAAAAAAGGAAGAGAGUGAUCGAGCUGAGUGAAGUUCUCACCAAAGAGACAAAAGUCAUUCAAGUCCCUCUCACUCCAACCAUGGAGGACACUGAGGACUCUGAUGAAAAGCUGGACCAGAGGGGCCUCAUUAAAGAGGCGUUUGCCGGAGACGACGUCAUCGCAGACUUCCUUAAGGACAAGAGGAAGCAGGAGGACGCAGGGAAGCCUAAGGUGGUGGACCUGACGCUGCCUGGGUGGGGCGAGUGGGGAGGAACAAGUCUCAAGCCGUCACGCAGCAAACGCAGAAGGUUUAAGAUCAAGACGGCACCGCCUCCACCCAGGAAAGAUCAACAUCUGCCCAGUGUCAUCAUGUCUGAGAAGAGAAACGCCUCCAUCAGCCUCCACCAGGUGACCUCGCUGCCCUUUCCCUUCCAGAACCAUGCACAGUUUGAGAGCACAAUUCGCUCUCCGCUGGGCCGCACCUGGAACACCGAGCAGACCGUUAAGAAGAUCAGCAAGCCCAAGGUUGUCACCCAGCUGGGCGCCAUCAUCGAGCCCAUGGCCCGGGAGGAGCUGAUGAAGGACAAGAAGCAGGCGUCCACUGGGAAUAAAAGUAUUGUGGACUCAUGGAAAAGAAAACAUUAACUGUUACUGAAAUGCUCACUGCUUAAAAGUAAAUCAAAGAAAAGGACUGCAGCAGGUGCACUGCUGAACCACACUGUGGACCCGUCAGGUCUUUGAUGCUGAUCCGUUUGCUUUAAUCCAUGUUGUGAGAUCAUUUCAGCAUUUAAAUGGCUGAAAUGAUGUAUUUCACAAUGCUUUUCUGAAGCCUUUCAUAUUGUAUAUUUGAGAUUAAGGGAUGUUUAAUCAAAUAUAAAAGUGAACUAUGUUGUGAAGAAAUUUGGAAUAAAUUCCAUUUUUGGAGUUAAAGAUGGU